AACAUCUUCUUCGUCUUGUUCUGCUGCAGCCCCUGCCUUCACGAACACAACAUCUCCACCACCAUGGCCAUCUUAAUCAUUUAAAACUCUUAAUUUAAUCAAACUUCCUUUGAUUACAAAACCAUCUUCCUUAAAUAUUUCGCAGUGUCCUGUCCUCUUUGAGUAAGCCUGAAUCCAUAAUUAUAUAACAACCUCUCAUCUCCUCACACAGCUCUCUCGUCUUCUCACGUAAGCUUACCCUCUGUAACCUCUCUGUCUCUGUUUCAUCCAUGAUAUCGGUUUAAUAAUCUAUAGAGAAAGCAGUGGAAGACAGAGUGCUCUGUUUCUGCCCAGGCAAUGGAAGGACAGAAGGAGAGCAGCUCCUCUCCAGUUGGGGUGCUCGAGGACUUCCUGAGGAGCUCUGACUCGGACUCGAACUCGGUCACAUCGGACCCCGAUACCCGACAAGAUCCAAAGCCCGCUUCCCGGUGGCACGGAAUGGUCAAAUCACUAUGGAUUAAAUCGAAGAAACAGCCGCCUGCGUCGUAUCCCUUGGGUUCCAUCAAAGCUCCUCCUCCCCUCAAGAGAUGCAGCAGCAUGCGAGAGAUCAUCUCGAUUGGUCCAUGUUUUCUGAUGAAGUCCGGAUCUAAUAAUUCGAGCUCCCCAUGGAAAUAUUUCACGCUCAACGAGCUCCAAAUCGCGACCAACAACUUUAGUGCAGAAAAUCUUAUCGGCAAAGGGGGCUAUGCCGAGGUUUAUAAGGGCCGUUUACGGGACGGGCAGCUUGUGGCAAUCAAACGGCAGACAAAAGGGACACCUGACGAGAUAAUUGGGGAUUUUCUCUCUGAGCUCGGGAUCAUGGCCCAUGUUAAGCACCGGAACACUGCAAAGUUGGUUGGCUAUGGGGUCGAAGGAGGGAUGCACCUUGUUCUCGAGCUAUCUCACUGUGGCAGUUUAGCCUCUGUUCUUUAUGGAUCGAAGGAUAUCUUAGAUUGGAGCAUUAGGUAUAAAAUUGCAUUAGGGACAGCUGAAGGAUUAUUAUACCUUCACGAAGGUUGUCAGAGGAGAAUCAUCCACAGAGAUAUCAAAGCUGCGAAUAUUUUACUAACAAAAGACUUUGAGCCUCAGAUAUGCGAUUUCGGGCUUGCAAAAUGGUUGCCAGAGAAAUGGACACACCACACCGUGUCUAAGUUCGAAGGCACAUUCGGGUAUCUAGCUCCCGAGUACUUAAUGCACGGAAUAGUGGACGAGAAAACGGAUGCUUUUGCUUUUGGUGUGCUGCUGUUGGAGCUAGUCACGGGCCGUCGUGCUUUGGAUUAUUCGCAACAAAGCCUAGUGUUGUGGGCAAAACCUCUGCUUCGGAAGAACGAAAUUAGAGAACUAGUGGAUCCAUCACUGGGACAGAACUACAAUGGAAGGCAGCUGAAUCUCAUGCUCUUGGCCGCUUCCCUCUGUGUACAACAAUCGUCCAUUCGCAGGCCCAGCAUGAGUCAGGUGGUGAAAAUUCUGAAUGGUGACCUCAGCUGCUUGAAGUGCAUGAGGAAAAUCCGAACCCCUUUCUUCCGCAAGGCAUUUGUCGAGGAGUGCUACAACUCGAUCGGAGGCUGAAUAGGUCAUUCCAUGUAAAUAUGUUUUUGCAUCGGGUCUAAGUGUAAAAACAUGUUCGAGGAGAAGUUUUGAGCCAUUCAGGCUUUGUACAUAUGAGGGAGUUUUGUUUCAGAAAACAGAUAGCAAAGGCACACCGUAGAAAAGGGAGUUUAUGUCAUUUUUCUCUUUUUCUUUUUAAACUUUUGUAUAUGGAAGUGAAAGUACUCAAAGUAGACGACAAAGGGGAGUAUUUGUGUCAUAUAAGAGGAGAAAAAGUAUAGCCCCGAAGGAUCAGGAUCAAGCCGACCUCUCAAACAGAAUUAGUGUCAGGUCCGUUAAUUUGACCGUUAAAA